CUGAGAUUCAGAACAACUUAUAUUUUGGCUUGUAUUCGCUGAUCAUGGGGUGAUCCAGAAAUAAACUCCAGGCUUCAAAGUGAGAGUGUUUCAAAGCUGUCCUGCAGUUGAUCGAAACAUCCAGGCAAAGCAGGGAGAUGAAUACCAACGAGGAUUUUCUGAAUUAAGACUUAAUCAAGGAGAUAACUCAUUUCAACAAUAUUAUUAGCCUUUUAUUUCAGGACAAAAAGGAAAGCAAAAAAAAAAAAAAUGGCUACAACAGCAGCAAAUACUCAAAGGGAAAUGAUUGGCUGCGAGGAAUACAAUCUGUACAGCAGCCUGAGUGAGGACGAGCUUAUAAAAAUGGCCAUACAGCAGAGCCUGGAGGAGGAUCCUGCAGGGCAGUCGGCUGCCCAGAGUCAUCAGAAGUCAGUUGUGACGGGCCCCGGCGAGGCAGCUGCACCCAGCCGCACCAGCAGCCACAACCCUCCCUACCAGAUUUACCCCUGGCAAAGAUUGGCGGCCCAGACAAGAGGCCAUGCUCACUCUUCCAGCUCGGGGGCAGCCUGGGGGGUCAGGCGAAGGUACGAUGGCAGCCUGUUCAGCACACCUCAGCCCAUAGAGCUUGACCCAGUGGUGGCAGCAAUCAAGGAUGGAGAUGAAAAAGCAGUAUGUAACAUGAUGAAAUCAGGGAAAGACCUUUCUGAACCUAAUAAGGAUGGCUGGAUACCUCUCCAUGAAGCUGCAUACUAUGGCCAAGUGGGUUGCCUAAGCCUGUUGCAAAAAGCAUACCCUGGCACAAUCGACCAGCGCACUCUCAACGAGGAGACAGCUCUAUACCUGGCCACGAGCCGGGGCAACCUAGACUGCCUCCUCACCCUACUGCAGGCUGGAGCCGAGCCCGACAUCUCCAAUAAGGCCAGAGAAACUCCGCUUUACAAAGCCUGUGAACGCAAGAAUGCAGAGGCCGCAAGACUCCUGGUGCAGUACAACGCUGAUACCAACCAUCGUUGCAAUCGAGGAUGGACUGCUCUCCAUGAGGCUGUCUCCCGAAAUGACCUGGAGAUUAUUGAUAUCCUUGUGAAAGGGGGUGCCAAGAUUGAGUCCACAAAUUCCUAUGGAAUUACUUCUUUAUUUGUGGCAGCUGAGAGUGGGCAGUUGGAUGCUUUGAGAUACCUGGCAAAAUGUGGUGCUGAUAUAAAUACUCAAGCCAGUGAUAAAGCCUCUGCUCUUUAUGAAGCCUGUAAAAAUGGGCAUGUACGUAUCGUGGAGUUUCUGUUGUCCCAAGGAGCAGAUGCUAACAAAGCCAAUAAAGAUGGCCUGUUACCUCUUCACAUAGCAGCCAAAAAAGGCAUUUGCGAGAUUGUAUCCAUGCUGAUCCCUGUAACCAGCCGCACUCGUGUCAAGCGCAGCGGCAUCAGUCCCCUGCACUUAGCGGCUGAACGCAACAAUGACGACACCUUGGAAGAGCUGAUCGACGCUGGCUACGAUGUGAAUACUACCCUCUCCCAGGAACGUUCCUGCCUUUAUGAGGACAGACGCACCACACCCCUUUAUUUUGCUGUCUUUAACAAUAACAUCUAUGCCACAGAGCUCUUGCUGGAGGCUGGAGCCAACCCCAACGUUGACCUCAUCAACCCAUUACUUAUCUCCAUUCGCCAUGGCUGCCUAAAGACCAUGAAACUGCUUCUUGACCAUGGAGCAAACAUUAAUGCCUAUAUUUCAAGCCAUCCCACCACCUUUCCAGCUACCAUCAUGUUUUCAAUGAAGUACCUUUCUGUGCUGAAAUAUCUCCUGGAUCUGGGCUGUGAUGCAAUUUCCUGUUUUGAGUGUCAGUAUGGAAACGGCCCACAUCCUGCGUUAAAUUACAGAAGAGACAGACUUAGUGAUCCUCAGCAGUCCAAACAGCCAACCGUAAUACAGUUUUGUGACAUGGUGUCUGCUCCAGAGAUGAGUCGUUGGGCCGGGCCGAUUAUUGAUGUUCUCCUGGAUUAUGUGGGUAAUGUGCAGCUCUGUUCCCGGCUCAAGGAGCACAUAGACAGCUAUGAGGACUGGGCUGUGAUUAAAGAAAAAGCAGAGCCCCCAAGACCUCUUGCACAUCUUUGCCGCAUCAAGGUUCGAAGCUUGGUUGGAAGAAAUCGCAUUAAACUUAUUGACACCUUGCCUCUCCCGGAUAGACUGAUUCGAUACUUACAGCAUGAUUACACGCAGUGACCUUGGGCAAACCAGAUACACAGCGGCUUCCUGGCAUGGCACCCAGAGUCAUUGCAGCAGAUACUGGUAUGGUGAUGGCACGCACACUGCACGGUGGGGAGGAACCGCUGCUGGCCUUGGUCAAGUGCCCUCCAAUUAUUCAACUAAAAGAAAUACAUUUCUGCAGCAAGAAUGAGAACAAACUGAAAGACACGGAGUGCUAAACAGACCUAUCAUUAGUUUUUCCCGAGAGAAAACAUGCACAAUUCACCUCAGAGCUUGGUCUACAAAGAAAGGGAAAUGAAAACCAGCACUGAAAAAUGAGUAGUGCUGACGCAAGUAUCAGUGAGGAACUGAAAGGUAUUCUGGGGUCUGGUGGAACUGAGUCCUGCUUGUGAUCAGAAUUCAGAAAUCAUCAAGAAUCACCGUAUUUGGAAAAGCAAUCACAUUUUGUUCACUGACUGAGAUUUUUUGUUUUAGUUUCUAUUCUAUUUUUUGAAUUUCUGCUCAGUGUGCUGGUUACUAAUUCUCUAAUAUUUUGACACCACCCUGCUAACACUUUUACUUUACUUUUUUUUUUUGAUCUUUCUUUUUGAAUAGAGAAGUUGAUUUCUGAACAUUCAAAGCUCAGAACAUUUUAGUAGAUUCUUUUUCCCUCAACACAGAGCUAUGUAAAUAUUAGGACACAUCCAGAAGUGCUGAUUCCUUUAAAAGUCAAGGGAAGGUUUAUUUAAGAAGGAUGUAAGAACUGUAUUUAUGCAUAGAAUAUAGAGCUCCUAUUGCAUUUCAUUUGCAAGAAGAAAUAGGUGAAAUUCUGUUUGAGAGAAUUUUCUGGAGUAGGAAUUUGAAAGCAACUCUGAGCUCAUUUUAGGGGUCUAAAUUAGAAGUAGCUGCACUGAAAACGGUAACUUUACUCUGUCUUGAAGCUGGUGUCAGAAGAGAACAAAACCCUAGAGGAUCAUGAACUGACAGUGAUGCAAUAGAGAGAGGCAAGGUACGUAAGGAUGUGCAACACUGUUAAACCAACUUUAUCUGUUGCUCUGCGAGAUCUUAGUCUCGUCCUAUGAAAUCCAGCCUGUCCUACCUCCUUGGAUCACUGUGGCUAUCACAAUGCUAUUACUGGAAGAAGAGAGAUUAUUUCAAAAUGGUGAAACUCAAACUUUGAGAUUAUGAAAAUGAAUACCCAGAAUUAGGCUUCCAAAUCUUUAUUCAGGUGCCUAAAUGACGUGAAGUUGUUUACACCAGGUGUAGUUCCACUGAAGCCAAUGGGACCACAUCUGGUGUCAGAUAUUACUGAGGUAGAAUAAAAGUUAUAAAAUGUAGCCCUGAGUUUCCUGAGUUUGGAAGUUUGGAGUAUCUGUUGGCUCCCUUUGACACUGAUGAAAGUCAUUAUCUCAGCUUCUUUGAAAAUUCGGUCACCUAUUUACAGCUCAGAUCCACAACUGAUUUAUGGCAGCUUAACAAGUUACCAUCUAUCAGCUGUACUGCCAUAAUCAUCCGUGAAAUUCUUUUAUUGAGGUUUUUAACAAGUCACAUUUCCUCACAGCUGGGGAGGCUGAGGAGCUCACAAACACUUAUUGGCAGUGACUACAGCUCUGGUGACAGGUGUGACUUGCUGAACCACUGUGAUCUGACGUGUGCCUCCGUCCCAGUCAGGCAUCUAAGUAAUGAUGGAAGAACCUAAAUUUGGCACCAUAUAUUUGCAGAUCUCAUGCUAGAAGCUCACUGGUUCUUAUCUCAGAUAACAAAAGAGCUGUGCAGUAUGAUUUGGUUGGAUUCCCAUCAGAGAUUUGACUGAUAUGUUUUGUUUGUUGGCCAGCGUACCAUCCAUGCAAUCAGGCAGAAAUAUUAGCAGGGAAAAUGUGUUGCACCGAGUUUUCUUUGUGUGGAGUUUUACACCUUACCACAGGACUACAAGUGUGUUGCACACAUACAGACUUGUCUGGGCACAGAAUUUUAGAUUGCAUAAUGGAUUGGCAUGAAAUGCGUUUAGCACUUGUGGAAUAGGAUAUGAGCAGAAGCAGAAAUGGUUACAGCUAACUGUGCUCUAUCCAGCACUCUCUCCUUCCUAAAUACUGAAGCGGUUCAAAAACCAGCCUAGUUUCAGUUCAGACUGUACUGUGAUCUUCUUGCAAAGCUUUGGAAAGUCAGCUGAGAUUUCUCCAGUGCUGAAAUUUCAUCCAGUGACUUUCAUUAUUACCACUUCAGUAUCUGCCUCCUUCCACAAUGUAUGAACCCCAGCACUCUUGCAGGGUGGGAGGGAAGUGCUCCGAGGGGAGCUGUGCUAUCUCCCUGUCCAGACCCAUGGUGGGCACAGUCCUGCGGCACAUGGGCACUCAGUCAGGCUCAGAAGAUGGAGCCUCCCAGUCACACCAGUUAGGAGCUGGCUGCCAGUGUUUGCAGUACUGAGAACAGCUGCCUGAGUGGGCCACUAAAACUCUCUUCUGGGUUUUGGGGGUCUGUCCCUGCAGACCAACAUGUUAGAAAAUAUGCUCAUAUUUCAAGCAAAAGAAAGGAAAAAAUAUGUCUUUAUUCCUUAUGUACCAUGCUGCUUGGAAAAGAUGAAACAUCUCAGGCCACCCCAGACACUUCAUGGCAUCACACAGUGCAGCCUCCCUAAGCUGUGAUCAUGCAGAUGCCUUAUAAACCACGCUAGGGAACUGCUCAAGGAUGACAAAAUGUUGGGUGGAGGAAAAGCGAAUGGAGACUGGAAUUCUUUAGGCCAGUAUUGCCAGCGGGGCCCUGUAUUGAUAAAAAUAGCUUCAGAGAUGCAAAGUCACCCGUGGAGUUCAUGCAUCCCGCACCUUAGUGGGCUGAGCAGUGAAGAUUUGGUUCUUCCUCAGACUAAUAUACACCAGGAGAAAAUUCCCUGAAAUUAAAUGAUUGCAACAGAGCAGGGUCAUAGAGGGUGUUGCACACUGAACAUUGCCUGGCAGAGACGAUGUCCCUAAGCGUUCAUUUGGCGUGCAGUGACAGCCUUGGAGACUGCUGGCUGACAGAAGGAUUUGAAACCACAUGUAUACCCAACUACAUGUAUACACCCCAGGGAUGGGCUUCCGUAAACAAUCCCAAGAUGGGAAUUUCCCCUGAAUCAAAAUCAUUGUACAUGUAGAAGUCUCACAACUUGUGAUUUUUUUUUCCCUUAGAAAGUUGAAACUGGGUUUGGGUGGGGCCAGUACGCAAAGUCUAUUUCUUCUUUCAGCCAAGCAAUAUUCAUCUCUGUUGGGAACCCCAUGCUGUGGUUCCUCUUGAACAUUUGUGCUGACCAGGAUUAUCACUGAGCUCGAGAGUGCUAAUCUGAUGUAGAAGUGUGGCAACUGCAAGAAGAAUAAAGGCACACCGUGCAUAGAAACUGAGGAGAAACGAGUGUGUAAGAGGGUGAAUCUAGUAAUUACAAUAUCGUUAUAUCCCUUCUGCUUAAUCCUUACUGAAAAACCUUUACACAGUCGGUUUACACUUAUUUGCACUGAAAUAGAGCUGGCUACCUCUUACACAUUGACUGCUGACACAAGUAUUUCAUGUGUGAUACUGAGUCUGCACAAAUUCUAUGUGAAUUUAAUGCAUCUAUUUAGAAGUUACUGUGAAAUGGCAAAUACCAAAUAACCCAAACAAACAAGACUUUGUAACCAGAUCGGUACUUCCAGUGCAAGAUAAAGUGGUUUAUUUUCACUGAGCAUGAUAGACAUCUUCAGAGAUGAUGACUUUUUCUUAAAUGUUCUAGGAGUAUUUCAUGACCAGGUUACUAUACUUUUUUUUUUACUGCAACAUGUGCAAUUCACUCUAUGUUCUUGUGCACUUUUUUGAUUUUUUAUUUUAUUUUGUAUGAAAGCCUUUUCAUUUACCUCUCCCUUCCCAUUAUUUAUAGACGCUAUUGUGGUGUUAACAGUUUAAAUUUGUUUUGUUGUAGUAAAUAGCAACUCUUGAAUGUUAUAGUUCUAUCUUUCAAACAAAAUAUGAAUAAACAAGUAGAUUCUGAAGGAC